CCGGCUGCCAAAUCUGUCCGCCACAGCGCGUCUCGUGUUUGAAUGUGGCGUGCACGUAUCACAGCAAUUAAUGUAAUUAAUUUAAAACUCACGUCUCAAAUAAACGUAAGCAAACCAGCAGUUGUUUCACGACUGUUCAAUUCACAAGCUAACUUCUGGUGUUUGCCCUCUGUAGGCGUUACUCGCAUAGAACCACGAUAUUACAUGUCAAGUCAACCCAAGAGACUCCGCAGUGAAAACAUGACCUUUAAAAAGAUUGGGACUCACAACGGCACCUUUCACUGUGACGAGGUCCUGGCAUGUUUCUUCCUCCGUCAGCUACCUGAGUACAAGGAUGCUGAGAUCAUUCGGACCAGAGACCCGACACAGCUCGCAGAGUGUGACAUUGUUGUAGAUGUGGGAGGAGAGUUUGAUCCAAAGAGGCAUCGCUACGACCAUCAUCAGAGGACCUUUGCAGAGAGCUUCCACAGCCUGUGUCCAGAGAAGCCAUGGGUGACCAAGCUCAGCUCAGCCGGCCUGGUCUACCUACACUUUGGUCGUCAGCUGCUGGCCCAGCUGACGCAGCUGAAGGAGGGUGACAGGCAGCUGGAGGUGCUCUUUGACAAGCUGUACGAGAACUUUGUGGAGGAGGUGGAUGCUAUAGACAAUGGCAUUUCACAGUAUGACGGCGAGGCCCGCUACUCCAUCUCCACCACGCUGAGUGCACGUGUCAGCCACCUGAACCCGUGCUGGAACAGCAAGAGUCAGGACACUGAGGAGGGUUUCAGAAAGGCUAUGAAGUUGGUUGGGGAAGAGUUCCUGGGCCGUCUGGAGUUCUACAAGUCGUCCUGGCUGCCGGCUCGUGCCGUGGUGGAGAAGGCUGUUAUUGAGAGGCAUCAGGUAGAUCCCAGUGGGGAGGUGGUGUUGUUCUCCCAGGGUGGAUGUCCCUGGAAGGAGCAUCUGUUUGCCCUGGAGAAGGACCUCCAUGUGGAGACGCCCAUUAAGUUUGUCCUUUACCCAGACCAGAAUGGACAGUGGAGGGUCCAGUGUGUCCCUGCUGGGCUCAACACCUUCCAGAACAGGCUGUCCCUGCUAGAAGAGUGGCGCGGCGUUCGUGAUGAAGCUCUGUCGGAGCUCAGCGGGAUUAAGGACUGUAUCUUCGUCCACGCCGGAGGCUUUAUUGGCGGGAACAAGAACCAGGAAGGAGUCCUGGAGAUGGCCCGGAGGACGCUGCAAGCCGCCGCCCAGCCCCCUGCAAAUGGAAGCAGCUGAAUGGUCAGAGAGGACAGCCAACAGCACAUUUUGUUCUCUGGGUCAGUCUUUAGAGCUGAUGGCAAGGAUUAAAAUGUUAGUUUGCUAGCUUACAACUUGUUUUUCCUUGCCAGGUUUAAUGUUUUGUUCUGCCGUGCUAGGAUGAGGAUGAAAUAGACAUGGCAGCCAAAUAACCUUGGACCAGUUCCCUUAAUACCUAGAUUCCAACACAGGCUCACUGAAUCGAAAUGUUGGCUUAUGUUGUUCUUCUCUCUGCCUGUUCUUAUAAAUGUAGGUCUGUCUUGUUCAUUUGCAAUAAAAGACUGUUUGGGAUA